AUGGGCUGUGCUAUGUCAGCGGAGGAACGGGCCGCCCUGGCCCGGAGCAGGCAGAUCGAGAGGAACCUCAGGGAGGACGGCCUGCAGGCGGCCAAAGACAUAAAACUGCUGUUGUUAGGUGCUGGAGAAUCAGGGAAAAGUACAAUAGUCAAACAGAUGAAAAUUAUUCACGAGAGCGGUUUCACGUCAGAAGACUUCAAACAAUACAGGCCUGUGGUAUUCAGCAACACAGUUCAAUCAUUGGUUGCCAUAUUGAGAGCAAUGCCAAAUCUUGGAAUUGGAUUCGGCACCAACGAACGGGAGACUGAUGCGAAAAUGGUGUUGGAUGUAAUUCAAAGGAUGGAAGAUACUGAACCAUUCUCGGAAGAAUUGCUGACUGCUAUGAAGAGACUGUGGGCCGAUCCUGGCGUGCAAAUGUGCUUUUCUCGGUCAAAUGAAUAUCAGCUCAACGACUCUGCUAAAUAUUUUCUGGACGAUCUGGAUAGGUUAGGGUCCAAAGAUUACCAGCCCACAGAACAGGAUAUAUUGCGUACCAGAGUAAAAACCACUGGUAUUGUAGAAGUGCAUUUUUCAUUUAAAAACCUUAAUUUCAAAUUGUUUGACGUUGGUGGUCAGCGAUCAGAAAGGAAAAAGUGGAUUCAUUGCUUCGAAGAUGUCACGGCGAUCAUAUUUUGUGUUGCCAUGUCAGAGUACGAUCAAGUGCUCCACGAAGACGAAACAACGAACCGGAUGCAAGAGAGUUUAAAGCUUUUUGAUUCAAUCUGCAACAAUAAAUGGUUCACCGACACGUCCAUCAUAUUGUUCCUGAACAAAAAGGACUUGUUCGAAGAGAAAAUCAAGAAAUCGCCGCUCACAAUAUGUUUCCCGGAAUACGCAGGUGCCCAAGAGUAUGGAGAAGCCGCCGCCUAUAUCCAGGCGCAGUUCGAGGCAAAGAACAAAUCGACCACCAAAGAGAUCUACUGUCACAUGACGUGUGCGACGGAUACUAACAACAUUCAGUUUGUGUUCGACGCAGUCACAGACGUCAUCAUCGCCAACAACCUAAGAGGAUGCGGACUGUAUUAG